CCAGUACGCUUUAUAAUUGCUGCCCCACCGAUCUCUGUACGCGUCCCUCUGUCAUCAUGCAAGUCGUUCUUAUUACUGGCUGCUCGAGUGGUCUUGGACGGGAGCUCGCCCUCGCUGCCCUGAACGCAGGAAUGCGCGUGAUCGCGACUGCGCGCCGGAUCGACACCCUCUCAGACCUCGCAAGCCGCGGCGCGAAAGUGCUUCCCCUCGACACUACCGCGAACCCGCGCGACUUGGCCCAGUUCGUGGAACUCGCGAUUGGGCAGUACGGACAGAUCCACUGCCUCAUCAACAACGCGGGAUAUCUCCAGGGCGGCGCGCUCGAGGAGAUCGACCACGAGGCCAACAUGGCCCAGUUCCACACGAACUUUUUCGGGGUCCUGAACCUCACGCACGCGCUGCUGCCCCAUUUCCGCUCCCUUCCGCCAAAGACCUGCGCGAUCGUGAACAUCAGCUCGCAAGGCGCGACACUGAACCUCGCCGGCGCCGGAAUCUACUGCGCAAGUAAGGCCGCGCUGGACUCGGUCACGGCGGUGUGGGCAAAGGAGCUGCAGCCGUGGGGCGUGCGAUGUACCGCGAUCCACCUCGGGGGUUUCCGGACAGCAGUGGGCACUAGCGCGAACGUGAAGACUGGAUCGCGCACGAUUGAGGGGUACGACGCGGCGCACGACUGGAUGGAGAGUUUCAGCGCUGGCGCCGGGAAGGAGCCGGGAGACCCGAUACUUGCUGCGAGGAAGAUAAUCGACUUGAUUGGGGGUGACAAGGGGAGGGAGUGGCCGCACACGUUGGCAUUGGGUGACGAUGCAUAUCAGAAUGACAAGGCUUUCUACGAGAGCUCGUUGAAGAAGGUGGAGGAUUGGAAGGAGUUCUCGAAAGGGACAGAUUUUCAGACUUGAAGGUUCUUGGAAGAUUCUCAAUGUACAAUAGAGCGUUGGGUUAGAGAGUUGUCAAUGUACAUGGUAGUAGGUCGAGGAGAAAUGAUCCGAUCAUGGGAUGUGCCGGGUGUUCGCCGUCAGUCACUAGCUUGCCACUCCUGUUUCUCUGCCACCACAUCACCUACCGAUCUACACCUGUACAAGCUUCAGACAAUGCUACCAGCUCCGCCACUUAUCACCCCCAUCGUCC